AUGAGAGGGCCAGUUCUUCUUGGCUGGCUUGCAGCCGCGCUGGGCGCUGGGCUGGCCUCGGCAGCCGCUGCCUUCAAGGAUAUUGCCAGGGAUACACUCCCGUACCACAGGGAGUUUGUUCUUUUCAAGAGCGCAAACAUGCCGAGGGCAGACAAGCUCCCCAACGGCGUCGCAUUCCACUCCUUCAUGGUUCCUGCUGUCGUGACGACAGUGAGUGGCCGGAUUCUUGCAUUUGCCGAGGGACGGCGAUAUGACAACCGCAACUUGGACGACGUUCGCAUCGUCUUCAAGCGCACCAAGGACGGCGCCAAGGACGGCGCCAAGGAAGGCGCCAGGCCCGAGGACUGGGAGGACCUGCAAGAACUCGUGCUCAAGGCAGGCGGCGUUUGGGGCAAUCCUACUCCUGUUGUCGACGGGCAGACCAUCUAUCUAUUCAUGAACUGGCAUGACCGCGAGUACAGCCAACACGGCCGCGACCGGCUGCACACCGGCAGGAAGACGAGGAAGGUGGACAAGUCGUGGAAGGGCCGGCGGCACCUCUUCCUGACGCAGAGCACCGACGACGGCAAGACGUGGACGGAGCCGCAGGACGUGACGAAGCAGCUCACGCCCAGGCGCCGGGCCUGGGACGCCGUCGGCCCCGGCAACGGCAUCGUGCUCCUCACGAACGAGAUUGUCGUUCCCGCCAUGGGGCGCAACAUUGUCGGGCGUGGUCCGCCCGGCGUUCGUUCGUGGACCUACAAGGAACUCCCGGGAUCCGGGCCCGAAGGAACAAUUGUGCAGACGCCCAACGGCAUGCUGUACCGCAACGAUCGCGGCAAAGACGAGAUCGAGUACGAAACCGACCGCGACAGGCUGGCCAACAGAUACCGCCGGGUUGCCCGCGGAGACCUGAGGCACUUUCCACCGUUCUCCCUCGACAAGGAACUCCCCGACCCUGUUUGCGCGGCCGCGAUGUUGCUCUACAACCACGCCGACGCCAAGGAGCCGGCGCGUGUUGUGUUCCUCAACUCGGCCGACCAGGCCACGAGGCGAGCCAUGCGUGUUCGCAUCAGCUACGACAAGGAGGCCAAGAAGUUCCUCGUCAACCGCAAGCUGAGCGACGCCCCCGUCGUCGACGCCGGGUUCGAGGGCGGGUACUCGAGCCUGACCAAGACGGCUGACACGUACAUCGGUGCGCUGGUCGAGACCAACUUUGACCAGACGGGCGGUACCAAGAGUGAUUUCCGCGCCAUUAUCUGGAGAAAGUUCAACCUGAGCUGGAUCCUACACGGGCGUUAG